UGGGGAUGUUGUGGGAUAAAAUCCCCAACAUCUUCAGAAGACAGUGGACUGUUACCAGAAGCACUUCAUCUUCACUCUUCCCUUUGUUGUCUCCCCAAGAUCCCAACUCUAAAGUCAAGCUCUUUCACAAACCCAAGAUCCAUAGUUCAGCAAGUGGGCUUCAGCUUCACAGAUAUGAUCAAGAAGAUACAAACAAGAAUCCCCAUUUCAGAGCAAUUGGAAUCAUGAAGAUUGCAUCUUUAGCUUUUAUUUUGUGGACAGUGUCUGGGUUCUUGGUAUUUGGGUAUGCAAAUGUAUAUGUCCAGGAAGCAGAUACUGUAACCUACAAGUAUGAUAGGAUAGAUGAAGUGAAAAAAGAAUGUGCCUCUGUUCUGUCUUCUGCCUCUGAAUGGAGACCUGAUGACAAAAGAGUUUAUAGUAUCAAAGAUGACCUCUCUUUUGUUAAUGGGGAUUGGAGGCAGGAGGCAGGUAAGGCUCCAAUAAUGCCAUUUGAUGAUAGGGAGCUUCGGAAGAAUCUAUCUGAUGGUCGGAAAGAUCCUUUAAAUUUGGUUUCUUUUUGGGUGAUGGAUGUUGAUCAUGCCCAUCGAUCUAGGAAGUCAGUGAGUGUGAGUGGGUUCUUGAAUAUGGGCAUAACUGUAGAUGGUUCGUUUAUGAGUAGUAUGUAUCUUGAAACUCCUCAGUUUCAGAUGUUUCCCAGCCAUUCCGAACUCCCGAUUGCAUUUGAAGGAAUUUAUACUGUAUCAAAGAAAAAUGGUGGGGAAAGAGUAUUGUGUUUAUUGGGGAGCACAAUGUUGCCAUCUAGGGAGGCCAAUUCCAUGGAUCCAUGGGAAUGGGUCAAUGUUUCUAUUCCGAUUUAUGACCAGCCUCCUCUUUCACAAGAUGACCGAAUUCUGCUUGUUCUUCGCUUUCCGAGUAGGUUCACAUUAACAAACCGGGUGAUACGAGGGGAAAUGAGAAGUUUAAACCUGAAGUCAAACCCUAAGUACUUUGAUGAGGUUCAGAUUUUGUCCCAGUUGGGGAAGUCAUCGGACUAUGAGUUUGGUUCCGAAAAGAUUGUGUCCAAUGCGUGUGAUCCAUAUCCAUUCCAGGAUACCUUGAUGAAUGGUGGCAUUAGUAUCUAUAGAGGUUAUCGUUUUUGUGAAAUACUUGAAGAAGUUACUCGGGAUCAAGCUUUCACAGUUGUGCCAAACUGGAGAUGCAACAGCACAGAUGAAUUUUGCAGUAAACUGGGUCCUUACAUGUCUGAUAAGGAGAUUAAAGCAACAGAUGGGGGUUUUAAAGAUGUUAAACUUUAUAUGCAGAAUGUUAUGUGUGAUCAAAAAACUACUCGGGGAAACAUCAGUUCUGUAAGGGUUUCAGCUGUUUUUAGAGCUGUUCGUCCAAUGGAGAAUCAGUAUACUGCAUCAACGAGAUCUGGGCUUAGCAACAUGACUGUUGUUGCUGAGGGAGUUUGGAAGUCUUCCAGUGGGCAGCUUUGCAUGGUUGGUUGCCUUGGACUUGUUGAUGGUGAAGGGAGUCCAUGUAAUUCCCGGAUCUGUUUGUAUAUACCAAUCUCAUUUUCCAUAAAGCAGCGGAGCAUUAUUUUUGGGAGUUUUUCCAGCAUUAAUAAGGAUAAUGCAUCAUACUUCCCUUUAUCAUUUGAAAAGCUGGUGCAGCCUACAGAGCUGUGGAAUUAUUUUAAGGCCUCCCAUCCAUAUUACAGCUACUCAAAAAUUGAUGCAGCUGGUGCAAUCCUAGAAAAGAAUGAGCCCUUCACUUUUGGAACUGUCAUCAAGAAGUCUUUGCUGAAAUUCCCCAAACUUGAAGACACAGAGGCGCUCCUAAUCAGUCUUUCGCUUCUCUCAGAAGAUCUCACCCUUCAUGUCUCUGCAGUUCCUGAUCCGUUUCCUAGUCCUUGGCUGCUAAAAACUGAUGUUCAGCUGGAUAUUGUCUCUGUUGGUCCCUUGUUUGGACGCUACUGGUCAAAUGGUUCAACCACAGAAGAGGAGACUCCUUACCACACCAAGGCUGCAUACACCGAGAAGCAGCUCCUUAUCAAUGUAUCAGCACAACUCACACUCUCUGGGAAAGCUUAUAACAACUUUUCUGUGGUUUUCUUAGAGGGUCUUUAUGAUCCACAUGUCGGGAAGAUGUAUCUAGUUGGUUGCAGGGAUGUCCGAGCCUCGUGGAAGAUCUUAUUUGCAAGCAUGGACCUUGAAGCUGGGAUGGACUGUUUAGUCGAGGUGGUGGUAUCGUACCCUCCCACAACAGCUCGGUGGCUAGUCAAUCCAACAGCAAGAAUUUCCAUAACCAGCAAAAGGACUGAAGAUGACCCCCUCUACUUUAGUACAAUCAAGCUCCAAACAUUUUCGAUUAUGUAUAGGAAGCAGCGGGAAGACAUUCUGUCUCGUAGGGUUGUUGAGGGUGUCCUCCGGAUUUUGACACUUUCACUAGCAAUAGCUUGCAUUUCAAGCCAGCUGUUUUACAUCAACCAUAAUUUGGAUUCUGUCCCUUAUACAUCCCUUGUCAUGCUAGGUAUCCAAGCUCUCGGUUAUAGCCUUCCUCUUAUCACAGGUGCAGAAGCUCUCUUCAAGAGAAUGGCUUCUGAAUCUUAUGAGACUUCAUCUUAUGAUCUUCAGAACGAGCAGUGGUUCCAUAUAAUUGAUUACACAGUGAAGCUUCUUGUAAUGGUCUCAUUUAUCCUGACUUUGAGGCUUUGUCAGAAGGUUUGGAAAUCUCGCAUCAGAUUAUUAACACGAGCCCCUCUUGAACUGCAUCGUGUCCCUAGCGAUAAACGGAUAUUUCUUACUACCCUCACCAUCCAUGUGAUUGGGUAUAUGAUUGUCCUAAUCCUUCAUAGUAUGAAGACUAGCCAGAGACCUCUCAAGACAAAAACACAUUUAAUCUCAACUGGAAAUUCCCACAUGCUGUGGGAAUGGGAAACAGUACUAGAAGAAUAUGUUGGUCUUGUUCAAGAUUUUUUCCUGCUCCCUCAAUUUAUUGGCAACUUGGUGUGGCAGAUUGAUUGUAAACCACUCAGGAAGCUCUAUUUCAUUGGAAUCACAGCUGUGAGGCUGUUCCCUCACAUUUACGAUUACAUAAGAGCUCCUGAUCUUAAUCCAUACUUCGCUGAAGAUUAUGAAUUUGUCAACCCAAGUUAUGACUUUUACUCCAAGUUUGGGGAUAUUGCAAUACCUGUGACAGCAAUUAUUCUUGCAAUUGCAGUCUACGUUCAGCAGAGAUGGAAUUAUGAGAAGCUUAGCCACACUCUUACUUUGGGGCCUGUUAAGCUUCUUCCAUUGGGAUCCAGAAUGUAUGAGCGAUUACCUUCCCAAUCAGUCGAAGCUGAGCUUGUUUCUGGUGUUAAUGGUAAUGCUGCUCAUGAGAAAGAGUGCAAUGAUGUAGAAUGAGGUGAAAAACUUCAUAUUACUGAGAAGAUUAUGCUGUUUUAGACAUAUAUCCAAAGCUGAUGUUGGCUGUUCAAUGUUACAAAUGUUGGUUUCUCAAAGAGUAAUAAUUAAAACACAGUUUUUUUUUCCAAGCAUGUUGAUUUAUCUAUUUUA